AUGUUUGAGUACAUCAAUUCGAUCGCUGAUAAGAUUAUUGAUUACAACAAAAACAAGUUCCAAAUCCUCUACGAGAAGUUGAACAAACGCUCAGAGAAACUAGAUAAGAAGACACUUACCAAAGAACGUACAGCAAUCGACGAAUCUGUCAGUCAAGUUCCUCUACUUGGUUUCAAUUCAGGAAAAUAUGAUAUCAACUUAAUCAAAAAAGAGAUUUUUGAUGUAAUCGGCUGCGAUAACCUACGAAUGGUAAUCAAGAAUCCUGGAUAUAUGUGUAUCGCUACUGAUAAGCUGAAAAUGCUUGACAUUAGCAAUUAUAUUACUGCAGGAACAAGCUAUGAUACAUACCUAAAGACAUACUUAGGCAAAUGCCAAUGUGAAGAUAAGAUUCGAUGCACUUGUGAGUUGUCAAAAGGCAAUUUCCCUUACGAAUAUAUCACAACAUUUGAUAAGCUAAACGAAACUGGAUUACCUCCAAGAGAAGCAUUCGACUCGAAGCUGAGAAACACGAAGAUCAGUGAUGAUGAUUAUGAACGUAUGAAGUUUGUUUGGAACCAUUAUAAUAUGAAUACCAUUAGCGACUUACUUAUUUGGUAUAACAACCUUGAUGUAGCUCCAUUUGUAAAAGCAAUCAAGAUUCAGCGUGAAUUCUAUCGAGGCUAUGGAUUAGACAUUUUCACGGAUGGCUCGAACGUAUCUGCUGACCGUGUCAAUAACAACAAAGGCCAUAUCAAUGGCAAUAUCAAUAUUAGUUGUAUCAGUUGCAAUGUAGCUCGUAAAGAUAUGUCAAUCAUUCGAUUCAAAGACUACAAACUAACGGAAGCAAAUGCGAAUAAGCUUAUCUGGUCCAUUGAUGAGGAACACAAAGACAUUUUUUACAAAAUGAAAGCAAACAUUGCUGGAGGUCCAUCGAUAAUUUUCAAUCGUUACGCUGAAGCAAAUGAAACAUUCAUCAGACAUAACAAAUCGAAGCUUGUGAAGAAGAUAAUUGGUUAUGACGCCAAUGCUCUAUACUUAUGGGCUGCAGGAAACUCGAUGCCUUGUGGUCGCUUAACUACUAUUGAAGCAUAUGAUGGUAUUAUGGAUGACAUCAUGAAUGAUAAACAAUUUGGAUUCCUGGAAUGUGAUAUUGAAACUCCAGCGCAUUUGAAAGAGUAUUUCAGUGAGAUGACACCAAUUUUCAAGAACAUUGAAAUUAAUCCUUGUGAUGAAUCAGUCAUUGGUAGCCACAUGUAUGAAUACAACAAGACUCAAAAA